AUGUGGAUAGAAUGUUAUCGCCGUAAACUAGUUCGUGAGACAAAUACAAAUAAUUACAUAGAGGCAUAUCAUAAAAAAAUCAAAUAUAUCUACCUUAUAACUCGGCUUAAUAGAAGAAUAGAUUUUCUUAUUAAUGAGUUAGUAACUAAAAUAUUACCUGACUAUCGUCAACAAACAAUUCAGUAUGAGUCUACAUAUUUUGUCAAAUCAACUCAGGAUGAAAAUGAUUAUACGAUUGAGCAAACAGGAGAUAACGCAUUAACCCUUACCUGUAAUUGUGAAGCAUAUUUAGGAAACCCAGUACCUUGCAAACAUAUAUUCGUUGUCAUGCAUAAAUAUAGUAUUAAAAUCCCUGAACAAACCACUUACUUACCCCUACUUAAUGAUGAUGAACAAUUUACUAUCAACAACUUAAUUAUUAGGAUUCAAGAAAAUAACUUUAAAAAAAGGAUUGAAGAAAUGAAUCACCGUAUUAACUAA